AUGCUGCGAAUAUUUUCGGGUGUCUGCCCGUUCCUCCUAUGUAGUUGGAAUUGCAACUUAAAAGCAGCUGAUCCCUAUGUGAUACGUUUGGGCACCUGCGGUGAUGAGGUCUUUGGGAUGCCGGCGGUAUUGUCAUUUUGGAGAAUUGUACGUGCGAAUUCGUCCAGUAGUUUUGUACGCGAUCUAAAUGGUUGGGAAGGCGGUUGGUUGUCCCCUGCGGAAUCACACACCGGUACCGCUUUACCGUUCAUAGAUGGGCGCUGUUACGGCCGAGAAGCUUAUCCCGCACAAGAUUGGCCCAAAGUUCAGGAUGCUUGCCAGAACGGCAUCAAGUCGAGCUCUGAUUGGUCGAAAGUCUAG